CACAAACAUACACCAAAAAAUAACCCAAUUAUAGAAAAGUAUUUUCCUGAUUAAGUGGAUUCGAAAAGCAAGAAUGGAUCCAUCCUUGAUUAAAGUUGUCAAUCAACUUCAAGAAGCCUUUUCCACAGUUGGUGUUCAAAACCUGAUUGAUUUACCACAGAUUACGGUACUUGGCUCACAGUCAAGCGGAAAAUCUUCUGUGUUGGAAAACAUCGUCGGAAGAGACUUUCUUCCUCGUGGCACAGGAAUUGUAACUAGACGACCAUUGGUUUUACAAUUAAUAAAUAGACCAAACCCGGAGAAUUCCAAGAAUGAGAACACUAAUAGCUCAUCGAAAGAGGGGACCGACGAAAACAACAAUACCGAAUGGGGUGAAUUCCUCCAUCUUCCCGGUCAAAAGAUGUAUGACUUUGAAAGAAUCAGGAGCGAAAUAGUUAGAGAAACUGAAGAAAAGACAGGAAAGAAUGUAGGAAUUUCUUCUGUUCCAAUUUAUUUACGCAUUUACUCUCCUCACGUCUUGACAUUGACUUUAGUGGAUCUUCCAGGACUUACAAAAGUUCCUGUUGGUGACCAACCUCGUGACAUUGAAAAGCAAAUUCGUGAAAUGGUUUUGAAAUACAUUUCCAAGAAUAACGCCAUUAUUCUUGCCGUAAAUGCCGCUAAUACCGACCUUGCAAAUUCAGACGGUUUGAAACUUGCGAGGGAGGUUGAUCCAGAGGGUUUGCGUACCAUCGGCGUACUGACAAAGGUUGAUUUAAUGGACAAAGGUACUGAUGUCGUUGAUAUUCUUGCUGGUCGCAUUAUUCCUUUGCGUUUAGGCUAUGUGCCAGUCAUUAACCGUGGUCAAAAAGAUAUCGAGGGUAAAAAAUCCAUUCGUUUGGCUCUGGAAGCGGAAAAGGAGUUUUUUGAAAGUCAUCCUUCUUACAGUUCAAAGGCUCAGUAUUGCGGUACUCCUUUCCUUGCUCGGAAAUUGAAUAUGAUUCUGAUGCAUCAUAUUCGUAAUACUCUCCCUGAAAUCAAGGUUCGUAUCAAUGCUGCUUUAGCAAAAUACCAGGCUGAAUUACAGUCACUUGGUGAUUCUUUGGUUGGUGACAGUUCCAGCAUCGUUUUAAAUCUUAUAACAGAUUUUUGUAAUGAAUUUCGUACGGUUCUUGAUGGUAACAGUGAGGACUUGUCUAUUACCGAAUUAUCUGGCGGUGCACGUAUAGCUUUUGUCUUUCACGAGAUCUUCUCAAAUGGCAUACAAGCAGUGGAUCCUUUUGAUGAAGUCAAAGAUACAGAUAUUCGUACAAUUCUUUACAACUCGGCUGGUCCUUCUCCUAGUUUGUUUAUGGGGACGCAAGCAUUUGAGCUUAUCGUGAAACAACAAAUUAAGCGCCUGGAAGAUCCCUCACAAAAGUGCGUUUCACUUAUCUUUGAUGAAUUAGUUCGAAUUCUGAACCAGCUAUUGCAAAAGCCUAUAUUCAAGCGCUUCCCUCAGUUGAAGGACGAAUUUUUCAAAGUUGCUAUGGGCUUCUUUAAGAAAUGCAUGAAGCCAACUUCCGUUUUAGUAAGUGACUUGGUCGCUAUGGAAGGUUCUUACAUAAAUACUGUUCACCCUGACUUUUUAUCUGGACAUCAAGCAAUGGCUAUUGUACAAAGCCAAAGCAAUAAACCGAUUCCAAUUGAUCCUAAGACAGGAAAACCCUUAACAAACAAUCCUGCUCAGACUGUGGAGACACCAACAAGCAGUUCAAAUAGUUUCUUUGGAAGCUUUUUUGGCUCAAAGAACAAGAAGAGACUCGCAGCAAUGGAGCCUCCACCACCCGUUCUUCGUGCUUCCACCACUCUUUCUGACCGUGAAAAGACUGAUACUGAAGUUAUAAAAUUACUGAUUACUUCUUAUUUUAACAUCGUGAAGAGGACUUUAGCUGAUAUGGUUCCCAAGUCCGUUUCUCUGAAGAUGAUUCGUAACUCAAAGGAGCAUAUCCAGCGCGAACUACUUGAACAGAUUUACAAAAAUAACAGCUACGAGAAACUUUUGGAAGAAAGUGAAGUUACCGUUCAGCGACGCAAAGAAUGCGAACAGAUGGUUGAAUCUUUAUUGCAAGCUAGUGAAAUUGUUUCUAGUACUUAAUGAUAACCCGAUACCAUUUAUGUGCUAAUUGAGUGUUAUACUUUUUUAAGUUGUAACGCUUUUCUAUGAGACCUGAUGAACAUGAUUUAUGAUGCUCGCUAUGCUUUCAUUAGUUACCAAAGAUGUUAAUAGAAACACAUCGUCGUAAUUUUUAUACGAAAAUCUAUAUAGAUAUAAUGCUAAUUCAAGACUGCGAUAUACACCUAUUAUAUCUCCCUCCAAUAGAG